AUGAUAAAUGUUGCAUGUGGUAGCAGUGGGCUCGUUACUCUCUUUGUUGAAAUAAUCAACAAUUAUUUGUAUUAUUUUGAGAAAGGGAAUCCACAGAUAACAAGUGUUGCAAUCCAAGGGCUGAUAGAGCUGAUCAAAACUGAAAUGCAAAGUGACACGGAGACACUUGAUCAACACACUGAUGCUUUCUUUACUUGUACCUUAAGGUUCUCUGGUCAACCGAGGAAGUUGACUUUGCGUGAAUCGUUUCAACAGGAACACCAAGCUCAAUAA